AUGGCUGCCAUUGCGCUUGCCAAGCGUGGUCACAACAUUGACCGUUGUUUUAUCGGCGUGUCGCCGGGUGGCGCUGGUCAGAGUUUAUACUCAACACACCUGGAUGCUAUGUAUGGUCCACAUCAUACGUUUUUUGACCCCAACGUAUGGUACAACGAUGAGGAGCUACGGAAGCAAGUCGAAAGCUUUGCAUCUUGCUUCAUCAUCACGGGUCAAGAGGCCCCUGAUUCUCAGCGCAAAUUUCACUUAGACUUGUACAAGAAGACUAUGAGUGCUGACGGUAUAGCUGGGCGCAAGCCAUACGGGUAUACUACUCGCAUGUUCUCGGUCGUCGGGUGGAAACGUCUGGAGACAAAUCGUAUGAUAAGGUUCCAGGAUGUUUCUGAGGAGAACUUUCGAUCAGUGCUCCGCAGGGGCCUUGUCUGGGGGCCGCAAGCUGCGUUCCAUCAAGCAGAUUACUUGACGAAGCAUUGUCCUCGGCACGAAGAAUAUGGUGUCUUCUGUGCUGACCCGACCCUCAAACAGUUUCUGGUGUCAUCCGAGGCUUCCGUUGCCGGCUUGAAGCUUCAGGCAGCCUUUGAGAAGCAGCACAACAAGGAGAGCUGCCAGCAGCUUAUCGAAGAACAUGCUGGUCUUGGUGGUGAUGGUUGGUUCACAGAGACCAAAUUGCGCGAAGCAUGCGGUCUCCCGCCGAAAAUCAAAUCUGAACAGGCCUGUGACGGCCUCGCUGCUCUCGACACUAUUCAUACUUCAACUUCUCAAGAUGAUGCAACAGACCAAUGGACAGCAGUUCAGCAGGCCAUCAUGGACGAGGUCUUGAUAUCAGGCAGGGAGGGUAUGACUCUGGCAGAGUUCAAAAAGUUGAAGCUGAAUGCAGAUGGCAAAGGCGUACCCAAUGCGACUCGAGACGCGAUGUGGAAAACGCUGCAGGAGAAGAAGCUGUUAUUAGCAACUGUCCGCAACAGCACCUCUACAGAAGGCACUUGCAUAAGACGCGUGCCGAGUGUGGAGACAUGCAUUCCUUGCCUACGCUUGACAGCAUCGUUGAGCACUAUUGUCGGCGUGGACCCAGCCGACCAGGCCUUAGAGUUUCCGGAAGCAUAUGACGUGGGCAAACUUCGGGCGAACCAGGCGCAGGCUGCUCGGCAUGCGAAUGAAGGCCUGCUGCUUAUGGUGCUGAAGCCAGCCUUGGACAAGAAGGCGCAGAAGAAGGGCAGAGGCAAGUUGACAGAUGCAGAAUUUGCAAGAAUGGAAGACUUGCGCAAGAAGGCACAGAAAGUCAAAGACAUGCGUGAGCUGUGGGACACCUUGGCCGACGAGUCCCGCGAAUCCCGCGAACCGCUUCGGCGGCGCCUUCCAAACAAGGGCGCCGAUCCACAGCGGUGUGCUGCCAUCAACAAUGGCAUGAUGCAGCGAGUGGUGUCAUACAGCUUGACUCCCGGAGUGGCGAUGCGAGGGCGUCGGUACGUGCGAGGUUGGGGAGCUCAACGCAUGACCCGCGAGAUCCAAGAAUGUCUGCUGCCACACACAGUCGACUUGGAUAUCCACAACUGCUGCUUCGUCUUGCUCAAGCAGCUUUUCGAAAAACUAAAUUUGGGUGCCCUCAUCCCCGCAGAGCUUAACGAGGUGUUGGUCCGGUGUGCGGACAGCCGUGCGUCCGUGUGUACUGAAGAUUUGGGCGUCAGCCCUGCCAGAGGUAAGUUGAUGAUCUUGAACACCGUCCUCAACGGUGGCAGGCCCCCAAAAGACUUGCUUGCAAACAGUUUCCUGCGGAGACUGCAGAGUUUAUCUGUGUGGUGCAGAUGGUUGGCCUGCUCUUUGCUUCCUCAGGUGCAUGAAGUCAUGCAAAGCCGAGACGACAAAACAUUCCCAACGGCAACAGUGUUCCAUCAUCUGUGGACUUGCGUCGAGGAUUGCAUUCUGCAGCGCUGGGCUGAAUAUGUUCUUGAGCAUAAGCCUACGCACCUUUCGUUGCACUUCGACGGAAUUCGCGUGAACGCUGACGUUGCCGAAGACCGUGAGGACUUCAUUCGGAAGUGUGAGGAGCAUGUUCUGCGGACAACCAGCUUUCGCAUCAGCAUCCGAGAGAAGCGGCACUUCAGCUGCAUGUCGCUGCUUCGUGCACGUGUGUCAGGUGUUGAGUCAUUAUCGUCUGUUCCUGCCACGCUGCUCAACUAUCCAGACUCCAUCCCCUGUGCACUCUGGCACAUUUCGGCUUUUGCCACAGAGAAGAUUGACGACGCCAAUCAUCGGUUGAAUUGCGCCGCACAAGAGAGAGGCCGCCGAACAUACAGGGAAGUAGCCGAGCUCUCCAACAUCAAGCUCCAUCCGCUGUUCGGGUUGCCCAGCACUCGCCCGGUUAAAUUUCUCCUUCAUCUUGGAAACAAUGGCUCCCCCUGCUGCAUCGGCGUUGAUGCUUCUGACAAAGACGUGUCAGUCUUCGCAGGUGAGCAGAAGUGGCACCUGAGCAGCUCAGAGUUUUCAGAUCUCAUUGCCGAGGGUACAGAUCGGGCCACUCUGGCAACUUUUUCAGUUUCUGAGGUCAAAGUUGAGAAGGAUUCUUCUGUCCUUGCAGCUAUAGAUCGGGCAGAUGCCUUGCUAGAUCUCCAAGCUGGCGCAGAUCACCUGGCCGGACCCAUGGUGCUGGAUUCCAGUUCCCCUGUGGAAUCGGACGACGCAGACAAUGCCAGUGCGUCUGCUGACGACUUCUCCUUGCCUGCACCGGCCAUGAUUGUGGAUGAUGCAGGUGAAGUUUUUUUCCAAGACGAUAUUCUGACCAGCUUGAAGCAGGAGCUCGAGAACCACAUGGCAGAGGUCAAAGCACGCAAGGUUCAGAAGCAAAGCGGAAUGUAUCGCUGCUGUUUCUGUCCAUUUCGUUCUUUUGAAAGGUUGUCUCGUCUUGUGGAGCAUCUCUCGACGUACCACGUUUCCAAGAGGCAGUAUGUACCAUCAGGCACUAAGCAGAUCAAGGUCAUUUUGGCGCUGCAUGAUGCAGACUGCAUGGCACGCAAGAAGUCGGGGCAGUAUUUGAGCCGUAGUGCAGAGCUGCUGCGGACAAUAGUGUUGCUUCCUUUGAAACACUCGGUGAACGAGAUUGACCGGCACCUGCGACUUGUUUUCACUGGGACAGGUCCUGAGUAUCGCAAUAUCGACGAGCUGAAGACGCUUGUGGUCCGCCGCGUCCGAAACAUUUACUACACGAAGGACUUCGCUGAGCAACUGUAUCGUGAAAUUGUGCUACAUCACUCCAAUGUCCCUUGGUCCGGCUUGCAAUGUCUGUGUUUGUUUAUCGAGCAGUCGAGCAUGUUUUUGCUUGAGGUGCGCAGCAUCUGGCCCCGGUUGCAUCUUCGUGCUCUAGAAAGCGGCAAUGUCCUGGGCAAUCUGUACCCCACUCACACGCGCUUCUGGUGGCCCUUGGUGGAAGAUGUGUUCUCAUCUCCCUCUUUCAAUGUCUUGGAGAGACGUCUUGUCUUUGCUCUUGAAGAGGCAAGAGAAUACACUGCCAUAUCUCUCGACGGCACGCUGAAGAUCUGCAUGCGUGUCAAAGGGCAGGAGCAAGCCAACCGGAGUUCGCAGGUGAGGAACAGCGCUCCUUUCGGAGACGAUGUCGCACACCGACGAGUCCUCACUGUCCGGGGUCGCACGGGUGCUGUGCUUGCCAUGAGUCCAGUUCCGUCGGAGGAGUCAGAUGUCAUCGCUGCGGUGCUGGCGGCUUCUUUGUCGCCUGAGGCAAGAGCUCAGGUCCAAUACGUCGCAACAGAUGCACCGAGCCGGAAGUUAUGUUCCGAGCUUCAAGACGUUUGCCCAUCUCUCAAAGGAUUGACGCUCGACCCUGUCCAUCUCGCGAUCAAGUAUGAGUACGCCUCUGCCAACAAAAGAACCGCAGGCAGCAAGACUUUGCGAUUGGCGCUGCAAAGAAUGACCAGGGUGGAUACGCAGAAGAGUGCUCGAGCAUGGGGGCGUCUCUACGAUGGCGGACAAGCGCCUGAGCUCUCGCAUGAAGAGCUGCAGCUGCGGGAGAUGAUUCUUGCCUGCAGCAUGCCUCAUGACAGAGCUGAUGUGGUGCUAGCAAAGCUCGGUCGAGAUGCACAUCUGCCAAUCUAUGCUCGUGCGACAUUGAUCGAAAUCAUUGCUGGGCGGACUGUGAAAGGAGAGGGAGUCUCGGUUGCCAAAUCGCUCUGGUUCGCAUGCUCUGCCGACCGCUUGGAGUGGCUCAUCAACAACAUCCGCAUGCGGCAAGGGAUGUCGACUGAGGAUCGUGCGUUCCUCGGAAGUGGAACAAGCACAAAUGAAGCCCUUCAUGCUGAGCUGAGAAGCUGGUGUACUUCUAUUCAUGAGAUGCACCGGAGCACACUAGAAGUCAAGCUUCGAGUUCUGGUGCACCGGAAGCGAUUGGCCCACCACGUCGCUACGUACUUUCCCCCAGCUCGCCAAACACGAGAGGGAAUCAUUCUUGCAAGAGUCUUGGCCAGGCCGAUGUUCACGGCCAUGGCUUGGAAAUCUUGGUGUCAGUCGCAGAUCACUUUGAAAGGCAUAGACAAAGCCAGGCUCCCUCUUGUUCAUGCUCGAUGUGAGGAGACAGAGAAGGUGAGGCAGUGGAGGCAGCGACAGUCGUGCAAACAAAAGGCACGUCGCAUUCGCAAGAGAACUAGCUUUAAUGCUAAGCGGCACUCAUCUCUUAAAAAGAGAGGAGGUGUCCGCACGGCUUUCUGA